GAGUGUGAUGAGUAUGAGGGGGGGGAGAAGAAAGGUGGGCUAACUUGAUGGCACUGUCCUGCCAGGUUGAGGAGGAGAGUGCAGCUGGAGAUGGAGAGAGGGAAUAUGCCGCUGAUGAUGAGGGGGGGAGAAGAAAGGUGGGCUAACUUGAUGGCACUGUCCUACCAGGUUGAGGACGGAAGUGCAGUUGGCGAUGGAGAGAGGGUAUAUGCUGCUGAUGAUGCAGGUGUGUGGGAGGUUAGGGAUGAGAGUGCAGUUGGCGAUGGGGAGGGGGAAUAUGCCACUGCUGACGUAGGUGAGUGGGAAGGCGAGUGGGGGCUAUUGGCAGCGGUGGAAAUGGCGGCAGCGGCAGCGGCAACAGUAGCAACAACAAUAUUGGAGGUGGAGCAGGGGUCGGCAGAGGAGAGGCAAGGAAUGGGCGGGAUUGGAGAGAAGGGUGGGAUGGUCGACAACAACAAGGACAAUAACAACAUUGACAACAACAACAAUAGCAAGUUUAACAACGGCGGCGAGCGGCGAAUGGGCGAACUGGGUGAGAUAGGAGUGAAGGAGGAGAACAACAACAACAACAACAACAACAACAACAACAACAACAACAACAACAACGGUUACACCAACGCGAUGGAGGAGAGGGGAGAGAACACCAAUGACAUGGUGGAGAGCGGGGAGAACGCUGACAACAACGACAACAACAACAACAACAACAACAACAACAACAAUGACUCCGACGAAGACGGUGGUGGCGCCAAUGGCAGCAGCGGGGCAAUGCGUGGUGACGUCGAGGGGAUUGGGGGUGUCAACAGUGACAACAACAACAACAGCGAUGGUGCCAACAACAACAACAACAAUGACGAAGGUGAGCGGGGAUCGGGUGAGAUGGGCGAGCAGGAUGAGAAGGGGGACAGCAACAGCAACAGCGACGGCGGUAACAACAGCAACAACAACAACAACAACAACAACAAUAACAACAACAACAAUGAUGACGAGGACGGAGGUGGCGAUCAUGACAGCAGCGACGUAGAGAGCGGUGACGUCAAGGGGAUUGGUGGAGACGUCCGUGGCAGCAGCAUGCUGCAAGCAGAUUUGGACGGGGGUGGGGGUGGUGGGGGUGACAAUAAGUGCUUUAAUCUCCUCCCCUCUUCCAAACUUGAUAUGGAGAGUGUUUGGCAGAGGAGAGGAGUAGGGUAGUUCAUGGAAGUGGCUACAUUA